AAUGGGUAAAGCUUGCCGGUGUUUUUGGGGCUUGUCUCUCUCACUUUCACUUUGUUUCAUACACUCGAUAUCCACUUCUCAUGUUUACAUCGUCUACCUUGGCCACGUUAUCCGUAACCAAGAUCACUAUCUUACGUCCAAGAAUCACGUUCGUCUCCUUAGUAACGUAUUUCAGAGCAACGAAGAAGCGAACGAAGCGAUGGUGUAUAGCUACAAGCAUGUUUUCUCGGGCUUUGCUGCCACUCUUAAUGAAAGCCAAGCAUCCAUCUUAGCAAAUACGAGGGGCGUUAUAUCGGUUUUCGAGAGCAAGUUACUACGUUUGCACACGACAAGAAGCUGGGAUUUUAUGGGACUUAACCUAGACUACAGUGAAGGAACUCCAUUGCAGUUAACUCAUGGCGAAGACGUAAUUAUCGGAGUUCUUGACACAGGGAUUUGGCCGGAAUCUGCUAGUUUCAGAGAAGAACCUGAAAUGGGGCCGAUACCAAAGUAUUGGAAAGGGGAAUGCGUCGCCGGCGACAACUUCAACCCUAAAAAAGCCUGCAACAAGAAACUCAUCGGAGCUAAAUAUUACCUCACCGGAUUCCAGAGAAGAUUCGGUAGAAUCAACAAGACGACAAACCCUGAAUACAUCUCGCCUCGAGAUUAUCUCGGCCACGGGACCCACACAGCUUCCACGGCCGCCGGAGCUAGAUCCAGAGGCGCCGGAAUAUUCGGGUUCGCCAACGGCACCGCCCGCGGCGGAGCGCCGCGGGCCAGGGUGGCGGUGUACAAGGUGUGCUGGAACAGGGACUUCGCCGGGACGUGCACGGAGGAGGACGUCCUGGCGGGGUUCGACGAGGCGCUGCGCGACGGCGUCGGCGUUGUGUCGGCGUCGUUCGGGAAGGCGCCGCCGCUGAGGGAAUUUUUCGGGUCGAGCGCCGAUAUCGGGUCGUUCCACGCCAUGCAGAUGGGGGUGAGCGUGGUGUUCUCGGCGGGGAACGGUGGGCCCCAGCCGGGGCUGGUGGGGAACGUCAAUCCGUGGAGUAUUUGUGUGGCAGCUUCCGAUAUCGAUCGGAGUUUUCCGACCAAGAUUUUGUUGGACGACGGUAGCUUCUUCGUUGGACAAGGUUUGAUAACGAACCAUAUAAGUGGAACUUUGGCAAGAGCUAGAACUUACUUUUUCGGCGGGAUUUGCAAUUCGGAGAAUUGGAUGAAUAAAUCGGCUGCCGGUAAGAUAUUGAUAUGUUUCUCGACCGACGGAGAUGUUAGCAGCGAGGAUGCAGAGUUUGCAGCCGCACGUAGAGCCAAUGCAUCAGCACUCGUAUUCGUGCAGCCACUAACUAUGCCCGUUGCUGCGGUUAGCAUAAUCCCGGUCGUUCGUAUCGACAUCGUCCAAGGCUCUAAAUUGUAUCUAUUGCCCAACUUCACGAAGGCGCAAAUAUUGCCAAGUGAAACGACCUUCAAAAGGUCACCGACGCCGGUGGUCGCAGAUUUUUCUUCAAGAGGGCCGAGUUCAAUUUCACCCGAUUUUCUCAAGCCCGACAUCAGUGCGCCGGGAGUCAACAUAUUGGCAGCAUGGUCUCCGAAUGUUGCUCCAUCGGUUUUUUCGAGCGAUCACCGCUCCGUCGAUUGGAAUUUCGAGACGGGAACAUCCAUGUCUUGCCCUCAUGUCUCGGGUGUCGUUGCCCUCCUCAAAUCCGCGCAUCCACGUUGGUCCCCUGCCGCAAUCCGAUCGGCCCUUAUGACUACCGCUUAUAACAAAGACAUAAACGGUGACGGCAUACUAGUACAAGGAUCGACAAAAUCGUCCGACCCCUUCGACAUUGGGGCCGGCCACAUAAACCCGCUCGGCGCCUUCGAUCCGGGACUAGUUUACGACAUGACCACACGAGACUACAUUCUCUUCCUAUGCAACCGCGGUUACUCCGAGGAUCAAAUACAAACCAUGGUUAUUUGCCCGCUAGCCACACCCGCGAGAUGCCCCGACCGGCUCGAGCCGGACUCGAGCAUAAACUACCCAUCGAUCACCGUCUCGAACCUCAAGUGCACUAAAACCGUCAAGCGGACCGUUCGAAAUGUGGGCCCCGCAAAAACGGCCGUCUACUUUGUCAGUGUUGUGAGCCCUAAUGGAGUCGAGGUUGCUGUUUGGCCCACGAUAUUGAUCUUUUCGCCUCUAAAAGAAGAGUUGACUUAUUAUGUGACGUUUAAGCCGGUCAAGGUGGCUCGGGGUAGAUAUGAAUUCGGUUCGAUUACGUGGUCCGACGGGGUCCAUCACGUUAGGAGCCCUAUGGUGGUUCAAGUUAAUACUAGGGGUGAUGGGAAUUAUUAUGAAGAGGGUUCUAGUACGACGCCGUAUUGAAUUUUCUUGAUUUGUUUUGUAAUAUUGUACUAUUGAUGUUGUACUUCACUAUUAUUUGUAAUAACUAUUUACGGUCGUAACCUUGUGACUAAUAAAUCAGUAAUUUCAGUUAAAUUAACAAGAUUUUACUGAAAAUCUUUACAUAAUUGCGUGAUCUUAUGUAUAA